AUGUAUGAUGUCGCACUGAAGGCCCUGAAGUCAGAUCUGAGUGAUGUGGAGUGUGCUGCACUGACAGGUGAUGGAUGGACAUCGAGGGCCACAGACCACUUUCUCACCAUCACUGUCCAUUAUAUCAAGGACUGGCAACUGAAUGUGAAAGUAUUACAGACCCUGAAAGCAGAUGUUGCACAAACAGGAGAAAACAUCGGCAUAGAAAUAGAAGACUGCCUGAAGGAGUUUGGGUUGACUGACAAGGUAGAAGUCAUGACUACUGACAAUGCCAAGUCUAUGGUAAAUGCCACGCAAAAGGCUGGGGUCCGUCUGUCCAUGGGGUGCUUUGCCCACACCUUGAAUUUAUCGACACAGAAGGUGAUGGCUGUGGAAUCUGUCUCUGCCAUGAUAAGCAUGAUUAGGCCGGCCAUCACAUAUUUCAGGAGUUCCUAUAUGGGCAAAAUCGUGCUGAAAGAAAAACAAACAGCUCUUCAUCUCCCCGAACACCGGCUACUCCUCGACUGCAAGACGAGAUGGAAUAGUACGUAUCUCAUGCUGGAGCGAUUCCAGACGCAGUACCCUGCCAUUGUUGCUGCUUCCAUGGAUGAAAGACUGAAAAACAAGGAGGGAUUCAAGAAGCUGCAAAAAUGCGACAGUGACACUGUGGAAAAGAUCCAGACCUUCCUUCGUGUGAUGAAGAUUCCCUACCUAAUCACGGUGGCCAUGUCAGCAGAAAAACGCCCCACCUGUGGUCAAGUUCUCCCCAUGAUGGACAAACUGAGAAAGCAUCUCAGUCCAGACGAAGAAGCUGACGAUGCGUUCGCCUGUGACAUCAAAGCUGUCAUCCUAAGUGACCUGGAAACACGCUACCAGGAUACAGACAGAGUGGAGUUCCUAGAAGAAGCCUCUGCCAUGGAUCCUAGAUUCAAGGGAAUGGCCACAGAUGAAGUCUGGGAAAGAGUGGUUACUGCCAUUGACUCUAGACAAGAGGUCCACGUCAAAAAGGAGCCCAAUGACGUCACAUUCACACCCACAGCCACGGCUGCCAGUGCUGCCACGCAGUUGGAAACGAAGACACAGAACGAGGAAGUCCCUGCGAAGCUGGCAAAGCUAUCUGCUAUGGAAGAGAUCUUCGUGGAUGACGAUGAUGAUGUAGAGGUCCUUCACGUGGAACCACCUUUACCAGUCAGAGUUAGGGCACAGCAGGAAGUACACACUUAUAAAAACCUUCCCAAACUCCGCUCCACCGAUGACAUUGUGGCCUUCUGGAAGGAAAGAAGCCUGAGCCUUCCACUGUUGAGUGGCCUGGCCAAGCGUUACCUGGUUGUACCUGGAACGAGUGUUCCUAGUGAGCGGGUAUUUAGCACAGCUGGAGACUUAGUCUCCGCUGAAAGAGCCUGCUUAGAUCCGGACAAUGUUAAUGUCCUACUUUUUCUGAACAAGAACACUUAA